AAUACUCUCGGUUUUGAUUGUAUUAUGAAUACAGUAUUCCAGUGUUCUUUCCUGUGUUAAAACGUUCGGCAUUGGCGUGGCUUUGGUGCUCAUUUGCACAUCCAUCGUUUUUAAUUUUAUUAAAAAAAGGAGGACAAAAGAGAAGAUAUUCCAGUGUUCUUUCCUGUGUUAAAACGUGCGGCAAUGGUGUGGCUUUGGUGCUCAUUUGCACUUCCAUCGUUUUAUUAAAAAAAUAGUUUAUCCUUUUAUUAAAAAAAGAGGACAAAAGAGGAAGGAUGUAUUCAUUGAUAAGAACCACCAACCAACAUUUGUUGGUGGUUGAAUCGAAAAGCAUUUCUGGAAAUGGAACCAGAAGUGUUAUAUUCCAAAAAGGGGGAAAAAGGCACGUUGGACUUGUUGUAUGCAAAUCUAAUAAUUACAAUUUUAUAAAUGAAAGAAAACAUCAGGAAGAAAAGGGCCACUUACAAAAAACAAAGCCGCUAAGCACUAAAUCAAUCAAUGAGGGAGGUCGCCCAUCUAACGAGGAAGAAAGUCGUCUAAACAAAGACGAAAGCACAAUUUCCAAAAUUACACCUGACAUUGAAACUAAAAUCGAAAAAUUAUACACAUCAAAAGAGGAUAAUGGUCGACCAAACAAUGAAAGAGAAAGCCAUUCAACUAAGAAAGAAAAUUUUCCAACCAAACACGUCCCAACAAAUAACAUAAAAGCACCGCAAACUCAAGUUAAGUGCAGGGUUAACCAAGACAAAUCUAGUCUGAAUGUCGUCAUGAUCGCUGCUGAUAUUACAAAAGUUGUAAAACAAUCAGAUACUCCAGUUUUAAUUUCACCACCAACAUCAAAAAACUGCUUACCUCCAUCAAAGUCAUCCUGCAAUAAAAAACCACACCGUCAUCGAACUCAGGACAAAUGCAGUAAUAUUGGCAUGAUUGCGGCAGAUUUUGCAAAAGUAGGAGAGCCUUUCCUCCAGGACAAUUUGUCUACUAUAAACACUGCUCAGAAACUAGACCUAUGUUCGUCGCCUAAAGAAGAUCCUCCAGGUAUAACAAAUACUUUAGGAUUGUUUCAGAACUCUCUUGUUAUACCUUCAAUACCUAAAACCCACUUGCCUCCGAAACCAUCAACGUCCUCCACCAAUAUAAACUCAAGAUCGACGAGUUCAAUUUACUUGGAUUCCCAGGACAAAUCUGGAUUGGAUAUUACCUUAAUUUCUACAGAUACUAAAAAAAUCAAUUCUGCUAUUAGAUUUCCAAUAAACCAAGAUGAUUUAUCUACUUAUGACACUAUUCCGAAACCAGAAUGUAAUUUAUCUCUUGAGAAAAUCAUGCGCACUGAAGAGGAUCCUCCAGGCAUUACAAAUACCUUAGGAUUGGUUCAGAACUUCAAGCUAUGCUCGUCAAGAGAGAAGUACCUGAACAUUAGAGAGGAUCCUUCAGUUAUUAUACCUCCAGUACCUGAAAGCCACUUAACUCCUAAACCAUCAACGUCCUCUUCCAAUAUAAACUCAAGAUCGACGAGUUCAAUUUACUUGGAUUCCCAGGACAAAUCUGGAUUGGAUAUUAGCUUAAUUUCCACAGAUACUAAAAAAGGCAAUGCCGCUAUUAGAUUUCCAAUAAACCAAGAUGGUUUAUCUACUUAUGACACUAUUCCGAAACCAAAAUGUAAUUUAUCUCUUGAGAAAAUCAUGCGCACUGAAGAGGAUCCUCCAGGCAUUACAAAUACCUCAGGGUCUGUUCAGGACGUCCACCUGAACAAUAGGGAGGAUCAUCUUGUUAAUGUGUCAUCAACUCAGCCAUGUUUAACGACAUCAACGUCUUCCUCCAACAUAAAUUUCAACUCGACGUUUUUGUACGAAGGGAUUUCUCAAGAAAAAUGUAGUUUGGUGGAUGUUAGCUUAAUUACUGCAGAUACUUCUAAAUGCAAUACAAGCGUUGAAACCUCAUUGAACCAAGAAAAUACGUCUACUUCACAAUACGUUCCAGACACCGAUAUAAGCUCGGCAUUAGAGCAAAGCACACAAAUUAUAGAGGAACCUCUUAAUAUAUAUCUGGUCACGGUUCCCCUUACAGGCAAAGUGAAGAAAAAGCAUUAUUGCAAAUUUUGCGGUUCAUUGCAAACUCAAAUUGGAAGGCAUUUGCUUUUGAAACAUAAGUCCGAGAGUGAAAUAAAAACUGCGAGCAGGCUGCCUGCAAAGAGUAGUGCUCGAAUGAAAAUCUUGGAAAAGUUGAGGAAAGAAGGGGAUUUUGUGCACAAUACAAGUAAAUCCAUAAACACCGGCAUAUUAAUUGUGCCAAGAAAUGCACAAAAAAAGUAUAAAAAAAAAGCUAUUGAUAUGGUUUGUUGCUCCAUUUGCAAAGGUUUUUUUUCGAAAUUGAGUUUUCGAACACACCGGAGAAUCUGCAGCAAAUUCAACAAGGUUAGAAGGAAAUCAACUAUAACGGCGGGCAAAGAGCUAACUCAAUUUUACCAUCCAGCGGCCAGUCCAGUCCUAAGAACAAAGAUUUUACCGGUUCUUAAAGACGACGCAGUAACAGAUUCCAUAAGGUUCGAUGAACUUAUCAUUAAAUAUGGAACAAAGUUGGCACAUAAGUACACAUCCCCCCACAAUUAUGAAAUGAUUCGUGCGCAGUUGAGGUAUUUAGGCAGGUUUAAGAUUGAGGCUAAAGUAUUAGACAAUGAAAUCACUGAAUUUAAAGACGUUUUUAGACCCCAAAAACAUGAUUUGUGCAUAGAAGCUAUAAAAAAGGUGGCAAGUUGGAAUGAACAAUGGCAAUGGUAUGACCAUCCACAAGUGGCCAUAACACUUUCAUCGUUAAUUAAAAAAUGUGCGUACACACUGCAAGCAGAAUUUGUCAAAGAACAGUUGGAGGAGAAUAAAAAAAACGUCAGUGAUUUUAUCUUAUUAUGGGAAGAGGAGGCGCCCACGAUGAUAAAUAGAAAAGCCUUUGAAGAUCAAAAUAAUCAAAAGCGCGUAAAAAAAAUUGUCUUACCAACAAAAGAAGAUAUUCAAAAAUUGUAUAAUCAUCUGAAAAAUCUAAUGGUCGGAUACAUGUCGAAAUUGACACACUUCGAUAUGCACAAUUACAUUGAAUUAACUAAAUGUACUUUAGUGCUUGUACAAAUAUUUAACAGAAGAAGGGCUGGAGAGGUUGAGCGUAUCCAAAUUGCUAAUUAUACCAAUAAAGAAAUUAUUACAGAGAGAACGGAAAAAGAGCUUCUAAGCAAUUUAUCUAAUGAUUCUAUACAUUUUGCUAAACAAUAUGCGCGACUAGCUCUAAGAGGUAAACUCGGCAGAACAGUGCCGGUUCUUCUCAGCCCAUUAGUCGUGAAGGCAAUCGAUAUCAUAUUAAAAUACCGUAAAAAAGCAGGGAUAACUGAUAAAAAUCCGUUCUUAUUCGCAAACCCUUCUAAAUCUACAUGCCAAUACUUUCGAGCAUGUACUUUGAUGAGAGAAUUCUCUAUUGAAUGCGGGGCAGAAAUGCCAGAAAGUCUUCGUGGAACCAAAUUGCGCAAACACAUCGCAACACAUAUGUCUAUGAUCAACGCAGAAGAAGCCUCCAUUGACAAGUUGGCUAAUUUUAUGGGACACCAUAAAGACAUACACAAGAAUGUAUAUCGCGCAACAAUUCCAGCAGCUGAAGUUAACUGCGUAUCACAAAUUCUGAUGGCGGCAAUAGGAAUUAAUGAUGGCGGUGAUGAAAGCGAUGAGGAAUGCGGUGGAGAUAAUAUAGACAAUAGAAAUGGUGGUGGUAAUGUUGAUGAUGCAGUUAAUGUUGAUGAUGGAGUUAAUGUUAAUGAUGGAGGUAAUGUUAGUGAUGGCAGAAAUGUUGGUGAUGGAGGAAAUGUUGGUGGUGGAGGUAAUAGAGGUGACCAAGACAAUCAAAGCCAUGGAGGAGAAUCAUGCGAUCAAAGCGAUCAGGAUGAGGAAGAAGAUCCGACUUGCAAUGCAAAGAAGAAAAGAAGAAGUACUUCACCCUAUGGGAAAACUAAAAGGAGAAGAUGGUCGCCAGAGGAAAUUCAUGUGCUUCGCUCGGAGCUGGGAGAUCUGGGAACACUGAAAAAACUUCCUACAGUAAUGGAAUGCCUCAAACUUAAAAGUAAAUAUAAAGUUUUGGAGAAAAGAACUCCCCAUCAAAUAAAAGCUUAUAUAGACAAUCAAAAAAGGCCAUAUAGGGACCAGGCAAAAUAAUUUUAUUUAAACAUUUUGGGUUUUGAGCCUUAUACAAAGAAGCUAAUUAAUAGUAUUCUUGCGUUGUUGUUGUUGGUGUUGUUGCUGCUUGUGUUGUUAGUUUUGUUGCAGCGCAGCAAUGUGUUGUGCACUGCUAUAAGCUUAAUAUGAUUUAAAUCAAUAAUUCAUUACUAUUAAAAAGAGACUGCUAAUUAUAAAUUUUUAUUAUCUUUAAAUAUAUAUAAUAAGUUUACCAUUAAUAAUUUGAAAUAAAAGUUUUGCUUUGUAAUGUUUGUUCAA